AUGAAGCUGACCGAAAUCAACCAGCUCAGGCUGGACAGGGAUCUUCGAAUAAUUGAGAGACACCAUGGUGUAAAACGAAGGUGGCUCCCUUCGGAUGACAUUUUCCAGAGAACACUGAGAGAUGUUGACCAGGAACUUAGAGGUCAGCUGAUACGACGAGCACAAAAUGAAGCAAGGGAGAGGACCACUCUUCUCAACCUGAAAAGAAGAUAUAAUGAUGGACAGGGAGUUGCUAUAAGGCUGUCCAAGCAAGUGAAUGCCUGUAACAGAAAACUGAAGAAGAUUGUUACAGAGUACAAUAAUCUGCAGUGGCCUCCACAAACUGGCAUCUUUCCAUCACAUUUAGAAUUUCGAGAAUUGUGUGAUGCCUCCUCCCAGCUGUACACAUUGUUUGAUGAACAAAUUGAAGAUCAUGGUGUUGUUCCAAAGAACCUAAAAAGUCGAGCAAUAGAAGCCCUGCAUUUGAAGACUAGAGCAGCUGAAGAAAAGCUUCUACUUAAGAGAGAGAUGAACACUGUCAUUCUUCACCUUCAUCAACAACAUGGACAUUUAAGUUCAGCUAUAAAUGAUACUGCAGAUCCUGGUUCAAAAGCUGUACUUCAUCAAAACAUUAUCAUGUUAGAAAAGAAAAUGUACAGUGCAAUGAACAUGUUCAAGAGGUUUAUUGAAGUUGGUGCCCCUCCUCCAAAUCAUCACCUACCAGAGUUUAACUCUCAUUCUCAAGCACUUAUGUCUCCAGAUCUACAUUACAUAGACUAUGAUGAAAGCAUUGACGAUGGAGAGGAUGAAGAGGAUGAUGACGACAAUGUUGACGAAGGAGAGAACAGCAUAGAUUGUGAAUCAUCUUCAUGAUUUAUGGCCACUUACUGUCCUAUGUGAAGAGCACAUAUUCCAGUAUAAAAAGUUUAUUGUUUGAUGAUUUUCAUAUAAGCUUUUUGUUCUAACAUCUCAGUUUAUUGCUUUUGAUAUUGUUGAGACAUAUCUGUUUUUUAAGUCAAGCUAUAUAUAAUCAAGGGCAUUUUAGUUUUACUCAUUACAGCUUUGUACUCUUUUUCACAUUUAUUAAUGUUCUUGUUCAGUAUGACAUUGUUAAUGACUAAACUUCAUUUACAGUUUGAAUUUAACUCUUAAUUUUGAGAUGCUGCAUAAUGUGCUUUACAUAAUAUCUUUAAAUUUGGGCACAACAACGAAAUAACUAAAACGUAGUGGACUAAAAUUUUGUGAUGUUCAUAUUUGAGAAAUAUUUGACUGUUAUCCAAGAAUUACAUUAUUUUGAAGGGCACUACUCUGUAUUAAAAAUUCAUUAAGAGCUA